UCACACACGUAAAACCAAACCAAUUCCCUCUCUGCCCUCUCCAGCUCUGGAGGAGACAAAGAGUGACGUGGAAGAUCAAUCGAACCCAAAAAAACAUGACAUCUCCCUUCGAUGCUUCUUCUGCUUUAGCUAAGCAGCUCAAGUCUGUUUUGGGGAUGUCCCUCGACACUCCCGUGUCUGACGACACCGUCCUUGUGAUUGCAACCACGUCUUUGGCCCUGGCUGUUGGGUUCGUGGUGUUGGUAUGGAGGAAAACGACGUCGGAUCAGAGCCAGAAGCUGAAGCCUUUGAUGGUUCCCAAGUCUCUUAUGGCCAAGGACGAUGAGGAUGUGGAUUUGGAAUCAGGGAAGAGUAGAGUCUCUAUCUUCUUCGGUACUCAGACUGGAACCGCUGAAGGGUUUGCUAAGGCAUUAGCAGAAGAAAUCAAAGUGAGAUAUGAAAAGGCUGCAGUCAAAGUUAUUGACUUGGAUGACUAUGCUGCUGAUGACGACCAAUAUGAAAAGAAGUUGAAGAAGGAAACUUUGGCAUUCUUUUGUGUUGCUACCUAUGGAGAUGGAGAGCCUACUGACAAUGCUGCUAGAUUUUACAAAUGGUUUACAGAGGGAAAUGAAGGGGAUAUAAGGCUUCAACAACUAACAUAUGGUGUGUUUGCUCUUGGUAAUCGCCAAUAUGAACAUUUUAAUAAGAUCGGCAUUGUUCUUGAUAAAGAGCUCACUAGGAAAGGUGCAAAGCGUCUUAUUGGGGUUGGUCUAGGAGAUGAUGAUCAGAGCAUUGAGGAUGAUUUUAAUGCCUGGAAAGAAUCGCUAUGGCCUGAGCUAGACAAGCUCCUCAGAGGUGAGGAUGAUACAAGUGUGGUUACUCCUUAUACAGCUUCCGUUCCUGAAUACCGGCUGGUGAUUCAUGAUCCUAGUCUUAUAUCUGACAAAACAAUGGACUCAAAUGUUGCCAACGGAAAUGCUGCUAUUGACAUUCAUCAUCCCUGCAGAGUUGACGUUGCUGUGCAGAGGGAGCUUCACACGCCCGAAUCUGAUCGGUCAUGUAUUCAUCUCGAGUUUGACUUAUCUGACACUGGUAUUACAUACGAAACAGGAGACCAUGUAGGAGUAUACGCUGAGAAUCAUGCUGAGAUAGUUGGAGAAGCUGGAAAAUUGCUUGGCCACUCUCUAGAAUUAGUAUUUUCAAUACAUGCUGACAAGGAAGAUGGCUCACCACUGGGAAGCUCGUUACCGCCCCCCUUCCCUGGUCCGUGCACACUUGGUACUGCUUUGGCAAAAUACGCAGACCUUUUGAACCCUCCUCGAAAGGGUGAAUACUCAAAAUGGAUUGCUGCAAGCCAGAGAAGUCUAUUUGAGGUGAUGGCUGCAUUUCCAUCUGCAAAACCCCCACUAGGUGUGUUUUUUGCUGCAGUAGCUCCUCGCCUACCACCUCGUUACUACUCCAUCUCAUCCUCGCCGAGGUUGGCGCCAAAUAGAGUUCAUGUUACAUGCGCACUAGUAUACGGUCCCACUCCUACCGGUAGAAUCCACAAGGGCUUGUGUUCGACGUGGAUGAAGAAUGCAGUUCCUUCGGAGAAAAGUCGUGAAUGUAGUGGAGCACCAAUCUUUAUUCGAUCAUCUAAUUUCAAGUUACCGUCCAACCCUCUAACUCCAAUCGUUAUGGUAGGACCGGGGACUGGCCUGGCUCCUUUUAGAGGAUUUCUGCAAGAAAGGAUGGCACUAAAAGAAGAUGGAGUAGAGCUAGGUCCAUCUUUGCUCUUCUUUGGGUGUAGAAAUAGGCGAAUGGACUUUAUCUACGAGGAUGAACUCAAUAACUUUGUUGAUCAAGGCGUAAUCUCUGAGCUCAUUGUAGCAUUCUCUCGUGAGGGAGCACAAAAGGAGUAUGUUCAACAUAAGAUAAUAGAGAAGGCAACACAAGUAUGGAAUUUAAUAAAAGAAGAAGGAUAUCUCUAUGUAUGUGGUGAUGCUAAGGGCAUGGCAAGAGAUGUCCACCGGACUCUACAUUCCAUUGUUCAGGAGCAGGAAGGAGUGAGUUCGUCAGAGGCAGAGGCUAUAGUUAAGAAACUUCAAACUGAAGGAAGAUACCUCAGAGAUGUCUGGUGA